UAUUAGUUGCACGUAACAUAAGUCUUUUUAAUUUUAAUUUUUAAUUAAUUAAUUUUUUACUCUGAUACUUUUCUAAAUUCUUGUCGAGAUGUCACAACCAAUGGCUUGGAAUAUGGAUAAAUUAACUUGCCCCUAUAUCUGUCCGAACGCACCGCCGAGUAAUUUUGACAAGCCGGUCUAUUUAAAAGGUGGCCAUAGAAAAUCCCAUGACAAUCCUUUUGCUUCUCCAUACGUCCCUGGUUCUGUCCAACCACCGGAGAAGAAACAAUACCCUCCUGAUGCACCACCGCGGUACCUCCCUCAGCAAACGGACAGCACGAGUGGGGACGUCCUCGGCAUGGGACCCAUUGGACCGUGGGCUGCUGGCCACUUAGACUGGACUCCUCAAGCUGGGAUGACAGGUGUCCGUCCUGUAGUAGACAAGUAUUCCAUCACACGUUACUCUACUGGAGAAUGGAGACGAAAUAACUUACGCACUUUAACUCCAAGAGCUACCGACAAGGCUAAAGCUUUAGACACCUCUAUUAAAGGGGAUUUAGCAAAAGCUAUAAAAGGCAUGGACGACAUGCAAGAUGGUUGUAACAAAAAAUUAAAAACGAGAGUCAAGACUUUGGCUCAUUGGAAGAAACAGGUGCAGAAUACACUUAAAGCUAUAAGCGAUGAGAUUGAAACAUUAGAUGCCAACAGACAAAAAUUAAAAAGUGCUAGUAGAAUAUUAAUGUUGCCUGAAGCAAUUUCUAGAGAGUGCUUAGAGCUUCGGACGUUCAGAUAUGAACCAGAUUUGGUGAGAGAUGAUGCUGAACAAGAAUUAAUUAAAGAAGUGUCUAUUGUUGGAGAAAUAAGAAGAGUCUUCCAAGAAACUCUAGCCAAGGUCGAGGUACAAAUGGCGAAUAACAGAGCUGCUAAGGCAGCUAUUGAGAUUGAUUGGAGCGACAAGAUAUCCACUUUGAAAAUAGAUAAUCAAAAUUUGAAUUUAACACCCGAUUCUAAUCUAAUACUCCAUCAUCCAGGUGUCGCUCGUUGGCCGGAGAACGCAACAAGUUUAGAGUAUUGGGAACAUUAUUGUAAAGAGAGUAUUAGAAAUUGCGAGGAAGUAAGACAGAAAUCUGAAAACUUGCGAGGAGACUUAAUGACAAUUAUUGUCAAAGGAUCCCAGGACAUGAAAAUUCAAGGUGAUAGAACUAAUCUCGCGUUGGCAGAAACAGUGUCCGCUACAGAACAGCUUUGCGCAAAACUAGAGGAAACUUUAAAGGACAAUUUGAAAACAAUCGCAGAUGUGGAAAAUCUCAUUGAUUACUUGAAGGAAUCAUUAAGGAAUAUAGACGAGCGUGACAAACUGUCUAAUACGAGGCUACUCAACAGAAAUUACGGGCGCCCCAACGUAGAGAACUGUCGGGAUGAAGCUCAAUAUGGUUUGAUGGGAGAAGCCAAGUUUAUCAAAGAAACCGCAGACUCUUUAAAGGGUAAGCUGAGAGAGGCUGAAGCGGUGAGAGCGGAACUUAUGAAGUAUAGAGGUGAAUUGGAGAAGGAUAUAGCUUGUAAAAGGAAGAGUCUCAAUAUUGAUCAAGAUAGAAUAGCUCGGGUACGCGCACAUUUACCCACUCCAGAGGAAUUUGCCAAUGCUUGAGAAGGCCAGGAUUUUUAAGGAUUAUA